AUGUCAGGCAUAAAACUUUAUCACUUCGGCGUGAGUGGUCCUUCAAGAGGAGCACUUUUAGCCGCGAGAGCUCUCGGUGUACCGAUAGAAGUAGAGCAAGUGGAUCUAUUCAAAAAGGAGCAACUAAAGGGCCGUAUUUCUGAGAUAAACCCACAGCAUUGCGUGCCUACGUUGGACGAUAACGGGUUUGUGCUGUGGGAGAGCCGCGCUAUCGCCUGCUACUUGGCUGAUAAAUAUGGGAAAGAUGACCAGUUGUACCCUCGGGAUCUCCAGAGGCGCGCGCUAGUCAACCAGCGGUUGUACUUCGAUAGCUCUUCUUUAUAUGUUAAGAUCAGAGCCAUUUGUUUCCCGAUUCUAUUUCUCGGUGUUAAAGAGAUAGUGCCAUCAUUGAAAGACGACUUGAAUGCCACUCUAGCAUUCUUGGAACAGUUCCUUACUGGUAGCAAAUGGGUGGCCGGGGAUAACUACACUAUUGCCGACACCUCCAUCUAUGCUUCCUUGUCUAGCAUACUGGCAGUUGGCUGGGAUAUUUCAAGUUUCCCCAAUAUCCAGCGGUGGGUGAAAGACUGUGCCAUAUUACCUGGCUUUGAAGAGAACCAAGAGGGUGCCAAACUCUUUGGAGAAGCCGUAAAGAAGAAUCUUCAAUGA